AUGGGCGGGGCCAGGAAGAGGUUAAGGACGGCGAUGAUGGCGGCGAUGACAAUUACAUCGGUGUUUGGGCUACGGCGUCUCCUGGCGGCUGGUCAGAGCCUGAUCAGGCGGAGAGUGAGGGGUUCUCUUCAGCCUGUUGCUGUUCCUAAGCUCGAUUAUCACUUGACACAGUCUUGUAGCUACAUUCCCCGGAGAGCUGUUCUCUACGUACCUGCAGAUGAUGAGAGAAAGAUACAAAAAAUACCAACGUUGAUUGUGGAUUGUGCAGUGCUGGAUUGUGAAGAUGGUGUUGCUAUAAAUAGGAAGGCAGAAGCAAGAAUGAAAUGCGUGAAAGCACUUGAAGAAGUUGAGUUUGGUCAGACUGAGAAGUGCGUUAGGAUCAAUUCGGUGUCCAGUAAUCUUGCCGAAGAAGAUAUGAAGGUCAUUUUGAAAUCCAGCAUCCUCCCUACAAGCCUAAUGCUCCCAAAAGUUGAAAGUGUAGAAGAAAUCAGAUGGUUUGCAGAGAAAUUUGCACACCACUUAAAAGGCCGAAUACUUAUAGAACCUAUGAAUGUCAUCCCUUUUGUGGAAACAGCAAUGGGCUUGCUCAAUUUUAAGGAAGUUUGUGAAGAAAUUCUGAGGAUGGGAUCCCAAGUUGGCCUUCGUUUGGAUGCAGUAGUCUUUGGAGGCGAGGAUUUUCGUGCCAGCAUAGGUUCAACACGCAGUAGAGAAACCCACGAUAUUCUUUAUGCCAGGCAAAAAAUUAUUGUUACAGCAAAGGCUUUUGGCUUGCAGGCCAUAGACCUUGUAUAUAUUGACUUUCAAGAUGAAGAGGGGCUUCGUAAGCAGUCACAGGAAGGUGCAUUAAUGGGUUUCACUGGUAAGCAGGUGAUUCACCCUAAUCAAGUUGCUGUUGUCCAGGAACAGUUCUCACCAAGCCCUGAGAAAAUUAACUGGGCAGAAGAACUUGUUACGGCUUUCAAAGAGCAUCAGCGUGUAGGGAAGGGUGCCUUCACUUUCCGGGGCAGCAUGAUAGACAUGCCAUUACUGAAGCAGGCCCAGAAUAUUGUUACGAUCGCCACAGCCAUCAAGAAAAAAUGAUCUGCUACAUGAAGCUGCCCUCUAAUGAGGUUCCAGAAGCAGUUUGAAGGAUUAUAUGAUCCAGGAGUGGGGGGGACACAACAGUUCACACUUCAACAGAACUCUAUUUAUUACCUACCCAACAACAUUGCCAUAUAUUUUUCUUCCUUAUCAUGGACCAUAGCGGUAAGAUCAGAGCCCCUUUCCCAUUGCAAUCACUUGCUAAGACAGACCUGGAAGCAAAGAUUGACUUGUCUGGGAAAAUACCAUUAAAAACAACCAAUGAAUUGCGA